GAAUCCUUCAGCGAUAAGAAUGAAAACGGAAAGAAAAGAGGAAAGUUGAAUGAAAAUAUCCAUAAUAUGUUUUCCAAAUAAGAGCCAAUAUCCAGAGAACAACAAUAGCAGUCACAAGACUUGUUAUUAGAUAAAUCUCGUCUUUGUAGAUAAAAUAAACAGUGCAUUAAGAAGAAUGGAAUCAAAGAUAGGAGGAAAGUGUGCCAUGUGUGGCUACAAUGCAUUAGUGAAGCAUGAUGGGUAUAUGGUUUGUGAAGAAUGUGGUACUAUCAACAAUGAAGACAUGAUCACAUCUGAGUUUCAAGAUUAUGAAGGUUACCAAUCAGCAUCACAGAACAAGUGGAUCAUGAAUGAUAAAAAGAAACAUCUUGCCCACUUUGAUGGAAAGGUUCCAGAUGGCAAAAAAGAAGGCCUUUCACAUAUUAAAAUAUACAGUAAAUUAUUGACUUUUUCUUCAGAUAUGGUAGAAAGGGCAGAAAAUAUGUUUUCUCUCUUAUAUAAAGACGAGGAGGUCAUACAUACAGUAAUGGCGACAAAAGAAGCACUGGCAUCGGCAUGUUUAUUUGUUGAAGGACGAAAGUUUGGUCAAGUAAUAUCAAUCAAAGAAUUCAGCAAGGUUACAGGAGUUAAAGUAGGUCUAUUAGUCAAGGAAAUAAAUUUUAUAAAAAAAAAAUUUUGCAUCACAUUACCAAAAUCAACAAUUGCAGAAAUGUGUGUUGAAAUUGCAUUGAAGAAUAACAUUGAACCAGAUGUUAGACGAGCUGCACAGGAAAUUAUAUUAUUGUGUGAUAGAGCAUGGUUAGUAACAGGUCGUCAGCCUCAAAAGAUUAUUUGGGCAGCUUUUUAUAUAGCAGUAAAAUCAAAUUCUUUGGAUGAAAACAGGAAAUUAACACAAACAAACUUUUUGAAAAAUCAUGGCCUGAAAUUUAAUGUUCAGGACAAAGAAAGACUAAAUGAAAUUUUAGAAAUUUUAAAGGAUAUUGGUGACACAAUACCUUGGGCUUCAAAUAAAAACAAAAAGGAUUUUGUAUAUCACAAUCUGAAUGACAUUUUGAAAUACAGUAGGAUGGCAUUGAUGGAAAAAAGAAUGAAAUUUUUAAAAGAAAUGGAAAAUUCACAAAAUAUACAAAAUGGAGAUGGUGAUGAACAUGAUGAAUCCACUUCUCAAAAACGAAAAUUACAAUCCGGAGAUGAAGAAAAUAUCGACAUUUUUCAACCCCCAAUACUAAAGAAAGUCAGGCUUCCUCCAGUAAAUGAGGACUUAACUAUUCCACCUUCUAUCAAUGUUGACUGCGAUAUUGAAGACAUGGGCAGUGAUAUUGAUGAAGAAUUAGAUGGCUACUUACGCUCACCAGAGGAAGUCAAACAAAUGGAAAUUGCAAGAGCUUUAAUAAUUGAUUAACCAUCAUGUUGCUUUAAGUUAAUUCUUAUCUGACAUUUACCUGAAAAUACUCAGUUAACAUUAUCAUUUCGUUUAAAAUGUUUAAAGUGCUAAUCAAUUAUUUUUUUCAAAUGUAUUUUUCUGCUUUU